UCAAUACCGCUAAAGGAAAUUUUUUUUCCUGUAUAUGAAUCACAACAAAACAACAAUAAUGAUAUUAUUUAGUUAAAAAAAUAAAUAAAUAAACGGUUUUUAUGUAAAUUAGGUGUCAAUUAGACCCAUAAUAAAUGCCUUAAGAAAACGGGACCUAAAAACCAGAAUGUACCUGCUGCAAACGAUUUUAGUUUGUUCCCUAUUUUACGGCACGAUUAAGUGUGAGGUGCCUCAAUAUCGCCCCGUUCCGGUGCCCAAGUGUUGUAGACCGGAAGAGAUACUGAUCGGGUCCAUGUGCACUAGGGUAAAUGGAACUAGUCGAUGGUAUCCCAAGUUUACUUCCAAGGAAGGGUUGAGUAACAUUCCGGUGGAUUACAGUUUGGUCAUAGGUAGACCGAACUGUGGCCACAUGCAACUAUGGCCCAUCUACCACUACGAAUCGUCAGCAGACAAACUCAGACUAUUACCCAAUGGAAUCUUAAGGCAUUACUAUGACAAUCAAGUCCCUAACGAGUUUGAAUACGAAUCGGGGGAGAGUUUACAAGACACUGGGCUCUUUCACGAUUACGAGUUUGGGAAAUUUUGCUUGGACAAGAAAAUUGAUGGUAUAGAGAGCGAAUUCGCUUGGGUAUGUAUGCCGGAUCACACCCAACUAUGGACCACUAAUGAGUUUUUAAUGCGUAACAUCGUAAACCCUAUUGCACAUGGGAUAACUAUAAUUUGCCUGCUCGCUAUAGCGAUCAUUUACUUUGUAAUGCCGACAUUAAGGGAUUUGGCCGGGAAUAUUAUCACGACAAUUUCUAUGUGCCUUAUUUUGAGCCAGAUAGCUGACUUAGUACGGUUGCUUACUGUAUUUAAGAGCCACAUAAGUUUAUUGAUCGCUGAGGCUUUUUGCUAUAUGAGCCUCCUCGGGGCGUUCUUUUGGCUCAAUAGUUUAGGCUUUUACAUUUGGAGGACUUUCAAGUCUAGAAAUGUUUUUUUAAGAAUAACCGAUGGGAAAAAGUAUUGCUACUAUGGGGCCUACGCAUGGUCCUGUACAGUAGUAUUAGGGUGUCUGGCCAUGUUCGCCCAUUUUACGAUGGAUUAUCCGGAUCUGUCGUCUAUGAAGGCUUCUGAUAAGACUAGGGAACAAAUUGGAUCAUUAGGGAUGAUCAUUUUUUUUGUGCCAGUGGCUUUCACGAUUAUCGCCGACGUAAUUUUUUUCGCUAACACCCUUAAGAAGCUUAAUAGGAUGCACACUUAUGGGAGGAUACAUCAUAAAUUGAGACACAGUUUCCGAAUGUUCGUCCUGCUCUUACUCACGAUGACCCUCGGUUGGCUCUUCUUUUUGUCCUCGUUUUCAAAGUACGAGGGCCUGAUCAACUCGCACAUCGUCGUUAACGCAUUAUUGGGCCCCCUGAUGUUCUACAUUUGCGUCAUAAACCAGAAACACGUCUCGUAUUUACUGAAGAAAACUUGUUGCUACGAAAAUUGCUUUUGUCCCUGCUGUAGACCGGACAACGGGAGCGAGUGGGGCGACGAAAUGACCGCUAUGAACACCGACCUUAACGGGGAAAUCACCAAUUUGAAGUUCAUUACUGUGUAGUAGACAGUGUGUAUUUCUCAUUAACGGUCUGUAUACAAGGACGGAGGAAUGGAGGAAUCUCAAAAGUAUUAUGGAAUAAUGUGCCUUAUAUACAAAAUAAGUGAUUUAUUGGCAGCUUUUUUGUUGUAAAUAUUGCGUUAGUUUUAGUUUGACUUACAUUCCAUAAUGUGUGUUUUUAUUGCACAACCGGCUAAUUUUACACUAUAUAGUAUUGUAGGUAUAUAUGAGGCGUAUAGAAUCAAACCCCGCUAACUCCAAAAUGCAAAAUUUUACAGGAAUUGAGAAAAACCGUUAGCUAGAUUAUUUUUUGAUAUUUGAUUGCCAAAUAUUUUUAAUUUAAAUUUUCUAUAUAAAAAUAUCUAAGUAUUGGUAAAAAAUCCACCAUGGCUCUAAGUUUUAGGCUAAAUAUUUAGGUUUUUGUUUGGAGUUAGCGGCUUUUGAUUGUGAAAAAUGGAUAUAGCGGGUUUUGAUUCUGAUUCAGGGUCCGAAAUACGCAGCAAAUAGGUAGAGCUUCUUUAGUUACUUUUUUAACUUACUUCACUAUAAAAAUAAAAACGUAGUAUGUCUUAAAUCAUGUUUAUUUUAAUUAACAGGAAUUGUAAUUCUAUAAAUUUUAACGGAAACAUUUUGAAUAAAACACAAAUUCUUUUAGAACACAUUUUUUAAAUAGACAGAGAUCCCAGCUCUUCAACUGGUUCGCACUGCAAAUCUGGAAGCUCUUCAUUAGCAUCAGCUUGAUCUGGUUGGCGAAGUUCAAUAUUUACGAAAAAAUCAAAAUCCUCGUUAAGCCUCCAGUUUUCGCCAUAGUGUGAUUCUAAUAAUUUACUUACUGCUAUAAUUUUAUCUUGUUUGACAGGAACGUUCACAGGAAGUUGUUGAGGAUUCAUUGAUUUGAUUUGCUUAUUUUUCUUCGUAACACUUCUAGGAUUGCCUAAUUCAGUUCUGUUGUUUACUUCACCUUGAACUUUCGUAAUUCGAUUUUUGUCAAGAGUUAUUUUAAACCGUUUCGAAGGAUUAAAUUUAAAGUGCCAUGCUCCAGGUGGCUUUAGUAUAUUUUGGGAUUCCUUCUUCCAAUCCAAAACAGGGACAUCGUCACCCAUUUUUAAUACUGUGGCAUAUUGUCUUAUGUGUUCAAUAUAUUGCUGUGGGGUCGUAAUUAUCUCUUUUUUUCUUAUAGCUUUCUCGAUAUUUCCAAACACCCUGUCGGGUGGUAUAAAACUGUGUCCAACUACAGGAAAAAUUAUCUCAAGUUUCUUAAUAUUUGGUGGCGCAUAACAUUCCAGCCAAUUUGAACACAUUCCCAUCAUGGUGGUGUUUUUGUUUUGGCCACCACAACCAUCAGCAAAAAGUCUAAUGUGCGUUUUACCCUCCAAAUUUAUGUUUAUGAGCCGAUGGAAAACAGCACUAGCAAUUUCAUUAGAGCUUUUCGGCCGAACAGUUUCAUUCCAACAAUAACAAAACACGUUUUCUGAAGUUAACGUGGUCUUGGAACUACCACAGACAAUAGUAAAAUUGUAGAAGUUAUAUUGCUUUGAAAAAUAUGCCUGUUGGUCUGGAAGUUUUGGAACUGGCAAAUUCUUUUGGCAGUCAAAUGAUAAUGUUAUCAUUUCAGGCUUUUCUUCCUUUAGUAAUGCAAAAAAAGCUCGUGCCUUAAGUUUAUGCACUGUUUUUUCAGCCAUCAGUGUAGCUUUUCUAGGAGGAUCAUCUCUCGCCAGCUUUAUUUUUUCACUUAUCUGAAUGCAUGUGGAACAUACAUCAGUCCUCGGAGAACCGAAGCCAAUGUUAUAUUUUGUACAAAAUUUACGUCUAAAAAAUGAUUCUUUAACACUGACAUUGUCAAGUGCUGAAUUUGAAUACAUUUGGUACAGUUUUCUGAUGUUUAGUUCUGACGGCAAAUAUACACGACAAGAACUCUUUGACCUGCAAUAAUGUGAAUCCUGACAUUUCAAAGAUUCCAAAAAGAACUGAAUUGUCUCUCGCCUACAUUGAUAUUUCUUGCUUUUAUGAUCUCCACCCCGGUUUUCAUGUGCCAUUUGCCCACUUUCAAAAUGUCUUUUUAAAACUCCAUAAACUCUAUCUUUAUUAAUAUCCAGUAUACUCAGAAACGCAGGUUUGCAAACUGGAAUUAUUUUUCCGCUUCUAUUCCUUACAAAAAAUUUGUAACUUAAUUUUCUCACUUGCCUCGAACUAUUCUUUGGGCGCUUCCGCUUUGGCAAUUGAACGUUGGUAUACUUCACAAUAUAAUUAUCUUGAUCAAUUUUUGCAGGAGUAGCAUAAAACUUUGAGUGAAAAUCAGAUAUGUCAAAUUUGGUUAGAGUGCUGCAUCGGAAGCUCUUCGUUGCAUGAUUACAGCUUGGGACACCCGGUGGUCUUUUAGGCUUGUAUCUAAAAAUAAGUUGAAAGUGACAUAUUAUUGAGAUUACAACGAACCGGCUUUUCAUUUUACUUACAAAUUAUACAAAAUUAAACUUAUACAUUCUUAUUUUAACAAAUUUUAAUGUGCCCCUAAUUGUAGUUAUCAAAGUAGCAAUUAACAAUUUUAAAAAAUGUCCUAGUUUAGAUUUUCGACAAAAAAACGCUUACUUGCAAAAAGAUCCUGACUUGAGUAUAUAAAAAUACACUUAGAAACACAUUUUUACCAAAAUUACACAAUAGGACUUACCUCUCAAUCUUUUGCUUCUCUGAUUUUCGGUUGGAUUUGUUUACUAAACAUUUUCGGGCUUUGUUCGGUGUACAUUUUUGUACGGGUUUAUUAUACUCAUCCAUAUUUAUAUUUAAAACUUAUUUAUAAAAAUCACUAAAAGCAAUAACUCAGAUCCUGCACGAUAGAAAUCUAAACAUCAACUGAUGCAAUGAUACAUAAACAUGUGCUCGUAUCUAAUAGAGCAACGUCAUUGGUCAAAAUGGAGUUGGCGGGAUUUGAUUGUAACAUGUGCAGGGAGUUAGCGGGUUUUGAAAAUAAACGCGAUGUUUUUGCCAUAUUUCAGACCUCUUUUAGCGUGUUUUGAAAGUUAAGAUUCACACGACCAGAUUCAUUGGCAAAUUAGCUGUGAAAUUAAAUCAAAAUAUCAUUUUUGGACAAAAGUGGAGUUAGCGGGGUUUGAUUCUAUACGCCUCAUAUGACAACUUUUUCUAUGUAUUUAGAGCACACUUUACAUAGUUUUAUAUAUAUUUUUUACGUAAUAGUGGUGACACCAAAUGUACUUAAUUUUGUCUAGAAAUUAAAAUCUUGUACUAGA